GCCACAUGCCUACAUGUAUAUAGGUAAUAGGCCGAUCGAAACAGCUUGUCCGUGCAAAUAGGAAGGCCUGUAUGAAUAUAAUCGCAAUAUAUUAACUGGCUAUUUUUCUAACAGAACGGCAGGCAACAUCGUCUAAAACAUGGAAUCGCUCUCUAAAGAAGAAUGUCGGCAGCUCAGGGAGAAACAUGUCGGGGAGUCUCUCAACUGUCACAUGUGGUACCGCCAUGAUCCCCUCAGGAUAGUCAGAGCAUCUGGACAGUACAUGUUUGAUGAAAAUGGUACAAGAUAUCUGGACUGCAUCAACAAUGUUAGCCAUGUUGGUCAUUGCCACCCAGGUGUGGUCCAAGCCGGAAUAAAACAGAUGCCAGUCCUGAACACCAAUCACAGGUUUCUCUAUGACGAGCUACCGACGUAUGCAAAGAGACUAGUCGCCACCAUGCCAGAAAAACUGACUGCCUGCUUUCUAGUAAAUUCGGGGUCUGAAGCAAACGACCUGGCCAUUCGACUGGCAAGGAAGGUGACCAAGAGGUUUGACCUUGCAGUAUUAAACAAUGCCUACCAUGGACAAACCUUCGUACUUAACGAAUUGAGACCAAAAGAUCGCAGAGACAACAAGGAGGACAUUCCUCAUGUUCAUAUGAUUCCUAGUCCAGAUGUCUAUCGGGGAAAGUAUCGCAAUUGUGACUACACUGAAGAGGAAUUGGCUGAGAAGUAUGCUGGAGAAGUGGAAGAAACUUUCAAACGUGCGCACGAACAGGGAAGAGACAUUGCUGGAUUCCUCAUCGAGUCCAUCCAGUGUGUCGGCGGACAGUUGGUCCCUCCAAAGGGGUUCCUUACCAAAGCUUACAAUAUCACCAAGAAAUAUGGUGCUCUUUUCAUAGCGGAUGAGGUACAGAGUGGUUUUGGUCGAAUUGGGGAGCAUUGGUGGGCGUUCCAGAUUGAUGGGGAAGGUGUUACGCCUGAUAUUGUGACAAUGGGUAAACCAAUGGGUAAUGGCCAUCCAGUGGCAGGACUGGUGACCACACAGGAGAUUGGAGGUGCUCUGUCUGAAGGACGGGCAUACUUCACCACGUUUGGGGGCAACCCAGUGUCCUGCGCUAUCGGCCUUGCAGUCAUGGAUGCCAUUGAGAAAGAAAAGCUCAUGGAACAUGCAACAACACUUGGAGCUUAUUUCAAGGGUAGACUACAAGAUCUACAGAAGAAACAACCCAUCAUUGGUGACAUAAGAGGUAUGGGGCUCAUGGUUGGGGUAGACCUAGUAAAGGACCAGACAACACGAGAACCUGCCACUGAGGAAGCCAAGCAAAUAGUCAACAGGUUGUAUGAAGAGAAGAUAAUAUUCAGCCGAGAUGGAGAACAUGAGAACGUGCUGAAAUUCAAACCACCCAUGUGUAUCACACAAGAAGACAUCGACUACAUUAUCAACAAAUUUGACAUGAUCUUCUCCGAGAUUACAUCUUCAUGGACCAACUAGAGAUGCAUCAACUCUUGUUGAAAAAAUCUUGUUGACAGGCUGGAGUCUCACUCAGAGUAGAGGAGGGAUAAAAGAAGACAGAAAUUUGUGUUGAAUCUGAUAUUUUAUUCAGAUUGAGAUCACAGACACUGCCAUAAUCGAAGCGAUUAAAAAUAAAAACUUAACAAAAUAA